UUCGCCAAACUUGCUUCGCUAGAAGAGCUUUGUUAAAAUGAAUGAAAGAACGGAAACCCAUUCCACAGUCAAGCUUGAAUUUACAUAGGAAUUUCUAUUUCUUCGCUAGAAGAGCUUUAAAGGCAAGCUGCAGGCUAGGCUAGACAAGUGGAAGUCUGCUUAGCCAUGUCGAUUGGCUCUGUACAAUUCCAUCCUCCGUUCACAGCCAAAAGCUCUUCAGUUUGCAAAACCGGAAAGAAUAAUUCAGGCUGGGUACUCCUCAAUUUCCCGAAACCGCAUAAUAUGAGCAGAACUUUGUGUUUGGUAAAUGAGAAAGUGGGAUUGAGUCAAAUCUCAAAUGGGGUUGGGGAUAAAGACGGGAUUAUCAUCGUCGACCAUGGUUCUCGUCGCAAGGAAUCAAAUCUCAUGCUGAAUGAAUUUGUGGCCAUGUUUAGAGAUAAAACUGGAUACAAUAUUGUGGAGCCUGCCCAUAUGGAGUUGGCAGAACCAUCAAUUAAAGAUUCAUUUGGUAAAUGUGUUCAACGAGGAGCAAGUCGGGUUAUUGUGAGUCCAUUUUUCCUUUUCCCCGGAAGACAUUGGCAUCAGGAUAUUCCUUCACUAACAGCAGAAGCUGCAAAGGAGCACCCUGGUAUCCCCUAUAUCAUAACUGCACCUCUUGGUCUCCAUGAACUACUUGUGAAUGUGGUCGAUGAUAGGAUUAAACACUGCUUAAGCCAUGUUGCUGGGGAUGCAGAUGAAUGUGCUGUUUGUGCUGGAACAGGCAAGUGCAGGCUAUAUUGAUCUACAAAAGGGAGUGAGCUGUAUAUUUACUUUGCAUUCCCUGAAUUCUUACCAAAUGCUUCUCUUGCCCAAUUCCAUAGUCUUGAAAACUUCUCCUUCUCUAUUUUCUUACUUGCAUAAGUGCGGGCUUCAGCUUGAGCAGGAGUUUCUUCUUCAUAUGAAGCUGACAAUAAGCCACAUCAGUGGAAAUACCUUUUAGUAUACAGAAGACAGUAUUAUGCACAAUUGAAUUAAGUAUUGACUUUAGUAAUGUUCCAUUUCAGUUAAAAUGGUCCUUAAUGAAAAUUUAUACUGUUUGGAUGCUGGUAUCUAUUGGUUUUCUGCUGUUCCUGUUGUUUGUUGAAGGAUUUAGCUGCCAUAAAAACAUUUUUGGGUCUCUCCCACCCUCCUCCAAAUACACCAUAGCCUUCUUUCGGCUGAGGUUUAACAAGGAACUCAAGCAUUGGUAAUUCUUCACUGUCCACCCAGUGAAUGCAAUUCACUGGGCAUGAAUCGACCGAUACCUGCAAAUUUUAUGAAAUGUUACAAUUUGUAUUACAACUGAGCAGUAAAGCUUAUGUUUAUAGUUGGUAAAGCUUAUUUUCCGAGUUUGACGAUCACAGUAGAA